AUGCCGCCUCCCCUGGGCCAGACCCCGGGCCCUCGGGAGCCUCACCUCGGCCAGGUCAGCCCCGGGCCCCCGGGCCGGACCUUUGAGGAACUGCGGGACCGGUGCCUGCGGCGGGGGGUCCUGUUCGAGGACCCCGACUUCCCCGCCGACGAUUCCUCGCUUUUCUUCAGCGAGAUGCCCCCCAUUCCAUUUGCGUGGAAGCGUCCUGGGGAAAUAGCGAGAAACCCAGAGUUCGUGUCCGACGGCGCCACCAGGACCGACAUCUGCCAGGGCGAACUCGGAGACUGCUGGCUCCUGGCAGCCAUCGCUUCCCUCACCCUGAACCCCAGGGUCCUGGCCAGAGUCGUGCCACCCCAGCAGAGUUUCGGCCCGGACUACGCAGGGAUAUUUCACUUCUAGCUUUGGCAGCACGGGCAGUGGCUGGACGUGGUCAUUGACGAUAGACUCCCGACCUUCAAGGACCGUUUGGUUUUCCUCCACUCGGCCGAUCACAACGAGUUUUGGAGCGCCUUGCUGGAGAAGGCUUAUGUCAAGCUGAACGGCAGCUAUGAAGCACUGAAGGGGGGCAGCACGAUCGAAGCCAUGGAGGAUUUCACCGGCGGGGUCGCCGAGACCUUGGACGUGAAGGCGAUCUCGCAAGGCCUGUCCGAGAUCCUGAGGAAGGUCCUGGACAGGGGCUCUCUGGUCGCCUGUUCCAUCGAGGCCCGCAACGCCUCCGACUCGGAAGCUUGGACACCUUUCGGCCUCGUGAAGGGCCAUGCGUACUCCGUGACCGGCACUGACCAGGUCACUUUUAGGGGCCGGAGGGUCGAGCUGGUCCGAGUCCGGAACCCGUGGGGGCAAGUGGAGUGGAACGGGCCGUGGAGCGACGACUCUUCUGAAUGGCGCUCGGUUGAUCCGUCUGAGAAGAAACGCCUGUACCACACGGCUCUGGACGACGGGGAGUUCUGGAUGCCAUUUGCGGAUUUCGAAGCCCACUUCGACAAAGUGGAGAUCUGUAACCUCACCCCUGAUGCACUGGAGGGCGGGACGCUCCUACAAUGGGAGGUGGCUGUACACCACGGCAGCUGGGUCAAGGGGGCCACUGCCGGAGGCUGCCGGAAUUUCCUAGACACUUUCUGGACCAACCCCCAGAUCAAGCUGUCUCUGUCCAAGGAGGACGGAGGGAAAGAAGACUGCACCUUGGUGGUCGCUCUGAUGCAAAAGAAUCGACGUAAACUCAAGAAAUUUGGAGCGAAUAUGCUGACCAUCGGCUAUGCCAUUUACCAGUGUCCUGGUCAAGAUGGGCACCUAGGCAGAGAUUUCUUCCGGUGCCACGCAUCUCAGGCCCGGAGCAAAACCUACGUUAACCUGCGGGAAGUGUCGGGCCGGUUCAAGCUGCCCCCCGGGGAGUACGUCCUUGUUCCGUCCACCUUCGAGCCCCACCAGGAGGCGGAUUUCUGCCUGCGCAUCUUUUCUGAGAAAGCGGCCGUCACCCAGGACCUGGAUGGCCAAGUGAAUGUCGAGCUUCCAGAGCCACUGAAACCGACUUCCCGUCAGCAAGAAACGGAGGAGGAGAGGCAGUUCCGGAUUCUAUUUGAGAAGGUGGCCGCGCAGGACCUCCAGAUCUCAGCAGAGGAGCUGCAGGAGAUUCUGAAUGCGGUGCUCCGAAACACCAAGAAUAUCCAGUUCAAGAAGCUGAGCCUUGUUUCCUGUCGAAAUAUAAUUUCUCUCAUGGACACCAACGGCAGCGGGAAGCUGGAACUGGAUGAGUUCAAGGCGUUCUGGGCCCGGCUGAAGGCCUGGACUAACAUCUUCUUCCAGUUUGACGGUGACAAGUCAGGGACCAUGUCAUCCUAUGAGCUGCGGGGUGCACUGAAGGCGGCCGGAUUCCAGUUAAACAACAACCUCCUGCAGCUGCUUGUCCUCCGCUAUGCUGAUGAGCGGCUCCAGGUCGACUUCGACGACUUCCUCAACUGCCUAGUUCGCCUGGAAAACACAAGCCGGGUGUUCCAGGCUCUCAAGGCCACAGACAGUGAAUUCCUCAGUCUCAGUGUGGGCGAGUUUAUCCUCUUGGCCAUGAACAUCUGA